GAGCACAUUGGGGUACAGACCCUGGGCACCGACCAGGGAGGGAGAGGCGUUGCCUGCUCAGUGGUAAACAGGGUCACAUUUUAUGCCUGGCAUUCCCUGCCCUGAAACAUCCAGAGGGCAGGGAGGGGAAGAUAAACAUGUCAAAGCAAUCAGUGCCGGGGUGAUUGCUGCUCACAGUAAUGUGAGACACUCUUACAUAUUCAUGAACUGACUCACUCUGAUGAUAGGUUGCUCUGACCGAUGCUGGGGAAUAGUUCUGCCUCGCACAUCAGGAGAUCAAGGAGUUCCCGGUGAGAAUCACUGGGAGCAACCAGCUCGGGAGCAACGCCUGGUGACCCCCUACCACCCUCGCCCUCCUCCUCCUCUUUCCCCCUUCCCACUCCCAGCCCUCUGUGCGAUUUGGACUCCUCUCCCAACAGCGAUGGGUUUGAAUUUUUCCACACAACUGGAUCAACGGAUGCGCGACUAUCUGAAAGGACGGGCUGAUAUUCUCUUGAAUGACAUUCGCCCUCACUGUCGGGGACAAAACAUUGCGGCUAUUCUCAACAAAGUCUGGAAUGAGGUGGAGCCACGACCAAGCCAAGCUCCCCAGUUACUGCGAAACAAGGAAUUCAGGGCCAGUGAGGAGGUGAUUGCCCAGGGACACAUGCUACAACAUGUGGACACCAGGAGGAAGUGGAAACAGAGAUACUUUGUCAUGAAGGCCAGCUACCACUUGGAGUAUUUUGAAACGAAGGAGGCUGAACAGAGAGGACUAAAACCAGAAGACACCGUGCUCCUAUCAGGGUUCGUUGUGCUGACCUCAGUAACAGAAUAUACUGAAAUCCUCCAACGGACCUGGCCACACUUCAAUGGUGUUGCAGAUAAUUACUGGAAGGAUCAGUACACAAACUGCCCGACGGAUCACCCUCUGUUCCUGUGGCACCCCUAUCGCCCACAUCUCAUUCUCUGCUUCCACACUGCAGAUGACCUUCGCUACUGGAGCGCACUCCUCGCUGAUGGAAUUCGCCACCUCAACACUGUGCUCUUCAGAAAGGAUUCUUUUGAAGUUCGGGCUUUCCUGGAAGCCGUGCGAGUAUGCAGGAUGCAGAAAGGACAGUACGGAAUCUGUGACUUGUAUUUUGGCUCAGAAACAGAGAUCCUGAGUAACAUGGUAAUGGAGGACUUGUGUCCUGUGUUGGAAUCUCAGCUCCUUCCUCAUAUCCGAGGGCCAGAGAGUAAACGCAAACAGACUUGGCUGAAAAUGAUUGGGGAGAUGUAUGCAGUGGUGGAAAUGCACGUUUCUGAAGGGUUCCAGGCUCUGCUCAGAGAGAAUGAGGAGCAAAGCCUGCAACUGGAGAAGAAAAUUCGCUCAGACUUCAAUCAAAUCCUCACCUCCAAGAAGCAGCUUGUGGCUAAACUCCAAGAGUCACUGGGCGAGCGUGUACGAUGGUGCUGCGAAGCACAGGUACGGCCCCACCUGGAGUCAGCACGGGACAGGUUGGCUGAUCCCAUGAAUGCUGGCCUUGAGGAGACUCGAAGACUGUUCUCUGAGGAAGUGAACCGAGUGAUCAGUGUGGUGAAGAGCACGGAGCAAAGCAGCAGCUCUCUGGCCGAGGUCUGCAGCCAGCUCCAAGCCCUGCCGUAUCAAUCUGCCCAUGUGCAGCACUGCUACAAGAAGACAGAAACACUGGAGCAGUCACUAGGCGAGCUGGAACCUCGAUUCUCUUUCACUGGCUUUCGAUUUCUAACCCAUCGGGCACAGAAUAUCAUCCAACAGUUGCUGGAAGAUGCAGUUUAUACCUUUCAGCACCUGCUAGUUUCUACACAACCAGCCACUGGGCUGUCUGCUGAAGUUAGCCAACGUCUCGACAACACACAAGUGCGGGUACUGAAGAAGCUUGACUCUGACAGUACCGCAGUCAGGAGGCAAUUUGUUCGGGAUUCUCUCCUCGAAAUAUUUCUUCCAUACGUGCUGAAGACAGUUGAGCCUAUCUGCAAACCGGAGCUCCCCAUGUAUGAAGGGUGCCUGUGCACUGAUGAUGAUGAUGGACUGAUACAAAUUGAAAGCACCUACAAUGAGCUUGUCCUCCAUAUUGUGUCAGAGGAGAUUAACAAAGCUAUGAAGGAGACUUCCACUCAGCCAAGCUACAGCUUGUACAAUGAAAGUAUGGGUGGUCUUUGGAACAAUGAAGCCCAAUUGGGCAUUGCUGAGGAUCCCAGGACAUCUCUGGCCAAAGUCACCCUCCCAGCAAGUCCUGAAGAAUUACCAGAGCCAGCCUCAGCAGUGGGAUUGCUUACAGCCUUGGAAAACAGCAAGUUGAGUGAGGUGCAGGAUGAAUGGCAGUGUCUGCAAAAGAAUUUGGAUGUUGCCAAUCAGGCUUCGGAUGAGAGCAAAUCAGCUGAAUAGACAAUGAAGGUCCAUCAAGACCUACAACUCAAUCCCAUGAGCCAGAAAUUGGUGACAUGAAGGAUAUUGUGUAGUAACUGAUGGUGGCGGACUCCCAACAUCUUAUAGAUCGUUUAAUCUGAUACAGGGUUAUAACUGAUUGUCUUUCUCAGCCCUCCUGUCCCAGACUAAGGUAAAGUGGGGAACCUGUCCCUUAAGAAUUAGGAGCAGGAGGAGGCCAUUUGACCCCUCAAGCCCUGUACAACAUCUAAUUGUAGACUCCACUUUCCUACUGACCCCAUACAGAGGCCAUGUAGGGUAAAGGUAACAUUUGGAAGUAAUGUCCCUUAUGUUAUUAGAUAAUUAUGAUGAUAAAUUAUAGUGUUUGUCCUGUUGCAAUUUAUUUUUAAUUUAUACAAUUAAUUUAAUAAUAUAUUCUGGGACAUAGAUUUCAGAUUUUGGGGAAACAGCUGUGGGGCGGUCAAGAGGAAGAAUACUUUUCAGCAGUAACUGAUAACAAGAUGGACUUUAUUGCCCCUAAGGCUGGUACAAGUGGAGGCAAUAAAUGAUUUCAAAAGAAAAUCAGAUGGACACUUGAGGGUAAUAAACUUAGAGUGGGAGAAGUGGACACAUUGGAUCACUCUACAGGGGGUGAACACAGACUCAAUGGGCCAAAUGGCCUCCUUCUUCAAAUUAACUUUAAUGCCAUAUGUACUUCCAUGCGCAUAGUGACAAGUUUACAAACCGUCACUUAUGACAUCAUCUUAAUUACCUAGAUACCGAUUCUUAAGUACAAAUUCCUAGGGAAAUCAUGAGAAAAAUAAAGGAAUAAGUCCAACAAUGAAUUAGAAAAACAGCAAAAUAAGAGUUCAGAAUAACAGUCCAUCCAACCCAGACAAUGCCCUCAAGGCCAGGAGUUUGAGUCAACACAGAGACCGAGGUUAAGUCCCUAUGCUAAGGGCGGGUGGUCAAGUCCACGCUGAAGCCAGGAGUUUGAAUCCAUGCUGAGGACGGGAGUCUGAGUCCAUGCUGAGGACGGGAGUUCAAGUUUAACCAGAGGUUGGGAAUCCGUGCUGAGGCCAGGAGUCUGAGUCCACAUUGAGACCGGGUGUUUGAAUCCACAUUGAGGGCAGGAGUUUGAGUCCAUGCUGAGGCCAGGAGUUCGAGUCUACCCUGAAGUUGGGAGUCCGUGCUGAGGCCAGGAGUGUGGGUCCACAUUGAGGCCGGGAGUCUGAGUCCAUGAGGAGGUUGGGAGGCCGAUCGAAGGCCGAGAGUCCAAAAGUCUGGGACUUAAAUGUUAUUUGGUUAAAGUUAAAUAGGUUUUGGCAUUACACCUAAGACAUUUGAAAAUUAAUUACAACCAAAAGUUGAUGUAUUGUGUCAAGUAGCAAGAGUUAGGUUCAAUGAGCAGUGUUGGAAACAUAACUAACUGGGGCAAGUUGUGCAUAGACACACACACACACGUGACAACAAGGUGCACUGAUUACUCAUUCAGCAUUCAAUAGUCAGAUGUAGUUCUCAUUGUGUUUCAGAUGUCUGGUUCCUUGGAACGGAUCUUUUCUUUUUAAACAAGCUGUUCACAGCUUGGGGACAGAUGGGCCUUCUGAAUAUGAUCACAUUGCCAUUGAUCACUCAAUAUCCUUAUCCAGUCAAGCAUUAAUCUAUACAAUCCUUUUGUUAAGGAAAUUAAAAGGGAAUUUGACCUUGAGAAAUAUGAGCUUGUUGCAGAAAGAGCUCUCCUGAGACACUGGUCAAAUCACAACAAAUAAAUCAGUUCAAAUACAGUACAUCUUUGGAGGCACUAAUGACAAGCAAUUUUAGCUGAAGUCACAGCACUUUUAAUGCUUAACUGAACUUUCUGUGCAGUGUAACAAAAACCAUGUGUACAGUCCUCACUGACUCAUGCUUAAGUCAUAAAUAAAUGCUCUGGCUCCUGUAGCCUAUAAAA